AUGGGACCUAGGAAGAACAGGAUUGACACUGGAUGUGACUGCGAUGUAUGCGAUCGACCGAAUUACGCUAAAACUUGGAUGGUAGAAUGCAUGGGCUGUCGGAAAUGGUUGCAUUAUGACUGCGCUAACGUUACGCCCGGAGUGAAACAUCGUACCUUCUACUGCCUCAAGUGUACGGGUGGAAACACUACACCGACGAACAGCCGGAAUACAGGAGCACGGAAGAAGCAAGCAGACCCCGUUUUGCCCCCAGUUACGGAUGGAGACGCGGAGAGUGCCCUGGUAGACGAGAAUGCUAAAGAUCCAGCUGAACAGGUGCUUAGUUCUAAGAAUAGCGAUAAGAGUAGUCAUGAGAACAACAACAUAAGAUUUGAUACUAACUCUAAACCAAGUGCUAGUAGACCUAAGCAGAAUAACUACGUAGCAGUUAGUAGUAAACCGAUUAGCGUAGCUAGUAAAUCCGAGCGUUCGUCAGUCAAAGUCGCGGGUAGUGUUCGCGAGCGAUUAGCAUUGCUUCAAGCCAAACAAGACCUGGCUAGAAUGCGGUUAGAUGAGGAAGAAAAGCGUCGUAAAGAAGAUAGCGAUGCUAGAUUGAAAAGGUUGUCAAUGGAAGAGGAUUUUUUACGCGAAAAGUUGGAAAUUAUUGAUAGAGCUGAAAGUGUCCUGGAAAGUGAGUGGAGUAGAACGCAUAAAGUGCGAAAGUGGCUUGAUAAGCAGAAAAAAGAUGGACCAGAACUUGAAGAAGAGGAUAAUGCUGUUGGUGGAAGAAAACCUGAGGGAAAUUCCAGCCCAGUCCGACAUCCGGAAGUAAUGGUCGCGAGGUCUUGCAGUUCAGCGAAUCGGCACAAUCGACAUUCUACGAGGCUCUCGGAUUGCAGUUCGAGAACUGCAGCACAGGAACACCGGGUAUCUACAAGAUUACCGCAACGAUCGUCGCACAACGAAAACUCGUGGAAAGGACCCACUGCGGAACAAAUAGCUGCCAGGAACAUCUGGCCGAAAAAGCUGCCGACCUUUUCCGGUGAUCCGGAAACAUGGCCUUUAUUCAUCAACACGUACGAGAAUGGGAACAUCGCGUGUGGGUUCAGCAACACCGAAAAUUUGAUCCGCCUUCAGGAGAGUUUGCAAGGGAACGCUCGAGCAGUGGUUCAGAUGAAGCUAAUGGAACCCAAAUGUGUACCAUCUAUCAUCGAGGUCUUGAAACAGCUAUUUGGCAGACCAGAGCUGCUGAUUAAGGCUCUAUUGGCCAAUUUACGGAAGGUUUCGGCUCCACAUCCGGAAAAUUUGGAAUCGUUGUUGAGCUUUGGAGUAGCAGUGACACAAGUGUGUGACUACCUCGAAACAGCUAAGUUGGAUGCUCAUCUGUCCAAUCCUACAAUUUUGGCCGAAUUGGUGGCCAAAUUGCCAUCAUCAUAUCAGAUGGAAUGGGUGCGAUACAAACGUGCAUGCAACGAAUGCACAUUGAAGGAGUUCGGUGAGUUUAUGCAGCUACUCAUCUUUGACGCAAGUGAAGUGACUACGAUUACCUCAGGAAAGCUGAAACCCAUCAUGUUCGAUAAAAUCCAGUCUUCUAAAGGACAUUUUCACACACACAUGGAAAGCGAGGUGGAGGUGAAACCCAAAGGUGCCAGAAUACCAUGUGUGAGUUGCGCACGCACUGAUCAUCGUUUGCAAAACUGCGAUGUUUUCAAACGGCUCACUGUACCUGAAAGAAAGAAAUUGAUCGAAAAGGAAAAGCUGUGUUCGUUAUGUUUUUUCGGUCACACAUCGGAAUGUAACUCCAAACGAAGGUGUGGUGUGAAUCAGUGCUCUGAACGUCAUCAUCCACUGCUUCAUCCAGAAAGAUUAGCAGGAGAAGAAAGCAGAGAACAGCGACAAACUGGAGGUAGGAGAGACAAUGGUGGACCUUCAUAUGUCACAGCCAACUGCAAUGUCCACAGACCGGCCAAAAGAGCAAUCCUGUUUCACGUAGUUCCUGUUACGUUGCAUAACGGAGAGAACCAGAUAGAUGUGCUAGCGUUUUUGGAUGACGGUUCAUCGUUGUCUCUUCUCGAAGCCAAUGUGGCCUCCAAAAUUGGAAUUCAAGGAAUUCACCAGCCGUUGGAAAUGACUUGGACAUCGAACGUCACCAGAAGUGAGACUGCUUCUCAAAACGUCAGGAUCCAGAUUUCGCCUAGAGGAAGUAAUACCAAAAUCCAAAUGUGGAACGUGCACACGGUCAACCGCUUGAAUUUACCUUCGCAAAGCAUGAACACUUCGAUAAUGCGCAGCAAAUUUAAGCAUUUGAAAGGUUUGCCAGUAGAUAGCUACGCUGCGGAAGAACCGAAGCUAUUAAUCGGUUUAGAUCACGCCGACCUGUUGUAUCCGAUCGAGAGUCGCAAGGGUUUACCAGGUGAGCCCAUUGCGGUGCGCUCGGCCUUGGGAUGGUCCGUUUUUGGUCCAGUAGGAGAUGAAUUACCAGUUGCCGAAUACUGCAAUGUACACCGUUGUGCCUGUGAAAACUUGGACGAAAGGCUGCGUCAGUUUUAUGCGAUCGAAGAAGCUGGGAUUGAUAUUGGGAACCAACCUGAGAAGGAUGCUGACCGUAGAGCACGAGAAAUUCUGGAGGCAACAACUACCCGAAUCGGGAAAAGGUUCGAGACUGGUUUGCUGUGGAGAACAUCGGACGUUAAGUUUCCUUCGAGUAGCUACGCUAUGGCCGAAAAGAGGUUGAGGAGUCUAGAGCAUCGACUGGCGAAAUCCGAAGAGCUUCGAGAUAAUGUACACAGUCAAAUUAAUCAGUACAUCCAGAAGGGGUACGCGCAUAUCGCUUCGGAGGAAGAGCUGACCAAAACCAGUCCGGAGAAAACUUGGUAUUUACCAGUUAAUAUUGUGCUGAACCCUAAGAAGCCGAAUAAAGUGCGGCUCGUGUGGGAUGCGGCCGCCAAGAUUGAAGGAGUGUCUCUCAAUUCCCUUUUGUUGAAAGGACCUGACUUACUUACCGCACUGCCAACAGUGUUGAGCCGAUUUCGUGAGCGAAACAUUGGGUUUGGAGGCGACAUAGCCGAAAUGUUUCAUCAAGUGCGCAUCAGAAAUGAUGAUAAGCAUGCCCAACGAUUUUGUUUAGGCCGAAUCCAUUAG